AUGGCUGCAGCAUUACAAACUCUGGGUGGGGGAAUUGGCAUCACCCUACACUGGAUAGCCUUCACCCCCACCAUCGAGCAGCAGGCUACAGAGGAACAGAAGAAGAAGUGGCUGAAACUUGCACAGGACGUCGCUAUCGUUGGGGCGUAUGCACAGACAGAGAUGGGACAUGGCACAUUUGUGAGGGGGUUGGAGACCACGGCGACCUAUGACCCCUCCACACAGGAGUUUGUCAUCAACUCUCCUACUCUCACUUCAACCAAGUGGUGGCCGGGCGGAUUGGGUAAGACGGCCAACCAUGCCACUGUGAUGGCCCAACUGUACACCCGGGGGAAGUGCUACGGACCUCACAACUUCAUGGUGCAGAUACGCAGUCUGGAGAACCAUCAGCCCUGUCCAGGGGUGACCCUGGGGGACAUUGGACCCAAGAUGGAGUCAAACGGCAACGACAACGGAUUUGCCAGGUUUGACCACGUCCGAAUCCCACGAGAGAACAUGCUCAUGAAGUUCGCCCGCGUGGAAGCAGACGGGACGUACGUCCAGCCGCCCAGCUCCAAAUUGGCGUACAGUAACAUGGUGUACCUGCGGGGAACGUUUGUGAUGAGCGCUGCCCAAGCUCUCGCCUCCGCCACGACUAUCGCUGUCCGCUACAGCUGUGUUCGCAGGCAGAGCGAGAUGAAGCCAGGAGAGCCGGAGCCGCAGAUCCUUGAGUACCAGACGCAGCAGUACAAGCUGUUCCCCCAGCUGGCUGCUGCCUAUGCCUUCUGGUUCGCUUCAUGGUUCAUGACGCAGCAGCACGGCAGCAUCACAGGCAGCAUGGAGAAGGGAGACAUGUCUGGCCUGGCAGAGCUGCAUGCACUGAGUGCUGGCCUGAAGUCUUACACCACAGCAGUGACGGCCAGAGGGAUUGAUGUAUGUCGAAUGGCAUGUGGGGGACACGGAUACUCCCACGCCAGCGGUCUGCCGGCGCUGUUUGGUGGUGCAGCUGCGUUGUGUACAGCAGAGGGGGAGAACACGGUCAUGAUGCUACAGACAGCAAGGUACCUGGUGAAGUGUUUUGCACAAUCCCAGGCAGGUAAGAGGCUGACCGGCACCGUUGCGUACCUGUCUGCCGUCCAGCCCUCACCUGUGGCAGGUAACAGGAACAUGUCUGAUCUGGGGACACUGGUGGCCGCAUUCCAGCACAGGGCAGCCAGGAUGGUGAGACACGCCGCCAUGCAGAUGCAGGGUGAAAUGCAGAAAGGGAAGGCUCGAGAGGACGCAUGGAACAGCUGCUCUGUCCUGCUCAUCAAGGCAGCUGAAGCCCAUGUCCACUCGUUUGUGGUGAGAAACUUUGCGGAGACGGUGCAGACAGUGGAGGUGGAUGAGUCAGUCAGGGCGGUCCUGACAUCCCUGUGUCAGCUGUACUCCCUGUACGGCAUAACGGAACAUGCGGGGGACUUCCUCAAGGACGGCUACCUGACAGGCCGAGACAUCGACGCUGCGAGCUCCCACCUGAGCGCCAUGUUAGCUCGAGUCCGACCCGAUGCCGUGGCGUUGGUCGAUGCCUUUGAUCUCCACGACAAGAUCCUGCGCUCUGUCCUGGGUCGCUAUGACGGCAGAGUGUACGAACAUCUGUACGAGUGGGCCAAGAAGUCUCCUCUCAACAAGUCUGAGGUUCACGAGUCUUACUACAAGUACCUUCAGCCUUUCCUCAAGAGUAACAGGGCCAAGCUGUGAGGAAAGAAGGCAUACCAACAUCAUCAGCAGAGAGACAGUACUCAGCAGUACAGCCUAAUAUGGACAGGAAUGAGUGGCAUAUGAUGAUCCAUGCUUCUUGGAUUGGCAUCCAAUGAUCUCCUUGACAAUGACAAACUACAAGAUUAAGUUGUAAGAUGUCUUGAGAUUUGGUGGCUGUGAGCUAUUGAUAGGGCCUCUGAUUUUAUGCACCACUAAUACUGUUUAGCCUUGCAGCCUGUCAUCGAUCUGCUUGGAAAUUAUUAGAGAUGAAGCAGAGUCACAAACAAAUAUAUGAAGAUUUAAGUAUCUAACAGAUCAUAUGCUAUGUAUGUCAUUGGAACAAUAUAUUAUGAAUGAAAGAAAAUAUUUUUAUGAAUUUGUAUACAGAUGAUGAUAGACUGUUUAUGAUGUAAUAUAUCAAUAAUCAUUUAAAAAACAGAACAUGCAAGAUUUCAUAACUAUGGCUAUUAUUAUGCAGGGACACUUUUAAGAAACUGAGUUCCACACAGUCACAUUGUACACAUAGCUACCAUUAUGUACAAGGUAGUAAAUGAGACUGACCACACGUUUUUAGCACCAUGUUCUUAUAUUCUAGAGAAGUCAUAUAAUUUCUAAAACAUUUUAUAGCACUUUCAUUAUUCAGUACAGUAGCUGGGUAAGAAUUUGUAAGUAGUUUUCUAAUAGUAUGUUAAUUUUGUCACUUAGACCUACUUGUCUCAGACAUAUUGUUAUUCUUACUAAUCAUAAGCUUUGUGAAGGGAUUCUUCCCUUGCUAGUCUACCUAUUGCCUUUCUUUGCCUAGCCUGGUUACCAUCCACCAUAGUGACUGCUGGCCCAAAUUUUUUUGCUGGCUGACAGUGGUUGAAAAGAUUGAGUUAGUGGUUACAACGGAGGAUGGUACCCAGGCUACUCUUUGCCAACAAUAAAGUACAAGUCAGCUUUCUUGCGACAGUGAUGCAUUAUGUACAAGUAUCUAUAAUACUGUAAUACAAAAAACAGAGUCCUUAACCUAAAGUAAAGUUUGUAAGCAAAUGGUCAGCAUACAAACUACAACACUAGCACCUGCUGCCUCAGAUUCUCCACAUUGUAUUGUUUUGUUGCGAUUCAAAUAAAGUUAACUAUCAUACAUUGUGUCUAUAAUAUCUACUUUGCUAGAACAGAGAUACUUUUCAGUGCAUUGUAAGUUCUUCAGCUUCUAGUUCCACUAGAUACACUGUAAAAGUUGAUGUUACCAAAAAUUGGGAAGCUCCAUGAUUUAGUUACAACAUUGCCCUUUGCAUCAUUAAUUGCAGUCAUGAACAUGGACUGCUCUGUACUAUCCUACCAUAGAAAAUAACCUGUAUAGCACACUGCAGAAGUAGCCAUUUGGCUACCAAUUUGCUAUUUCUUACAAUGUUAGCCAGGGAGAAGGCAAUCUAGGAU